AGGGCGAGGGCGAGAGGGAACGAUGUAGUGCAUACAUGAGAAUAGUUUAAUUCCAGUUCGCAAAGGAAUAGAAUACAGACGAGGCUACUUUGUAACAACUUCAAUACAAUCUUCGGUGCUGAGACUCCAUGUGCUUUUGCUACCUUGGUGUUGGUUCUUUGGCCUGCUGCGAAGGUCGUCCUAACAUGAUCUGGUGUUAGCGCAUCAUAGGCGCGCAAUCAGCAAGGGUUCUUCAGCUGAACAUCGUAUCUGGGCCAUGCUGGCAGCCAUUCUGCCCCGCGUUUGCCCUCUUCCUCAGCGGACGGCGAGAUCAACGUCGACUUCGGGGCUCACAGUAACGGCAUCUUGUAUCGCACUCAAACCGCAUCGCGAUCGCGCGACAUACGUACGACGACUCCUGCUUCGCGUGCUAUCAUCACACUUUAGCGAUGUACGAUACUCCACCUCCGCUCCCUCCCCGGCCUCAGCAGCGGGCGCCUCCGCCAUCAGGUUGGACCGAACACAUGUUCUACACGAACGGGGCGCCGACGCCCGCGUUCGAAGCGUUGAUGAAGCAGUUUUUUGCGAAGCUCGAUCCCAGAGGCACCGGGUACAUAACUCCGGAAGCCUUUUCGAGCUUCGCGGAGGUAUCGCGCUGCCCGGACUCAGACAACAUCUGGAAGAGAAGUCUCACCUAUGGUGGCAUGUUUGCAAAGGAGGAUAUGGCCGACUUUGAGUUCAAGAACGUGAUGGAAGGCUUCUUCUUCGAUCACAAGGUCGUGACGCGCAACCCGGGCGCGCCGCAGCUACCGUACGGCGGGAUGCCUCUCCUCAGCUUAGCCGGAUUUACAGACUGGAUUGGUUUCAGCUGUGCGGCGCAUCCAGACGGCGUAUUUGUGGUUCCUGGAUUGAACAAUGCGCUGCGGGUGUACAACAUCUGGCCGGAGCGUGGGCCCUUGCCGCGAUACGUCUUUCCUCCGAGUCGGCCAAUUGAGGUACAACAACGCAUGGAUCAAGCGACACAGCGUUGUAAUGCGAACGCGCAGGAAAAGCUUCGGGCGAACCGGGCAGGGCUUGAGCUCAAAUGGGAGGGCCAGCAGCAUGCUGUCGAUCUGACCAGCGAUUUUUAUCGAGUCUAUCGGUACUAUUGAGAUUGUAACGCCAACAUGCGUGGUAUGUUUCUUCCCUUUGCCCUUUCAGCUCCUUCAUCUUGUACCUCAG